AUGAAUCGAUUUACUGAAUUUCAACUUGAAAACAAGAAACUAAAACCAAUUGCUGGUUACUGGGCCUAUCGACUUGUUUCUCUCGACGAAGCAUUGAAGCCUUUCUUAACCAAAAUAAAUGAACUACAGCGUUCUAUCAAAGAAGCUAAGAAACAUUGUACUUAUCCAUCAGAACAUAAUCUCACUCGUGAUGAAUCGGCCGCUUUAUUAUUAUAUACCAUGGAAGCCGACGAUUAUAGUUUUUAUCGGGAGUUGAACCAAGUUCUAAGAACAGAAGAUCGAAACGAGGUAAAACCAUGGUUUGGCUAUCUCAAGCUAUUUGAUACAGCGCUCAACAAAUUGCCUACAGUAAAAGGAAACGUUUGGCGAGCUGUACCUGGCAAUGUGGCAAUUGGUUAUAAGAACAACCAGCUAGUGACAUGGUGGAGUAUUAGCUCUUGCUCAACGUCAGCAGAAGUCGUCAAAGCUUUUUUAAAGCCCAAUCAAGAAGCAACACUUUUCAUGAUCGAAGCUGUCAACGGGAAAAGUCUAGCUGGCUAUACUAUGUUUCCUGAUGAACACGAAGUCAUAUUAACAGUUGGCACCCAAUUGCGUGUGAAAAGUAUUGGAUUUCAACAUGGUAAUCUACAUUUAGUACAUUUGGAAGAAAUAGAUGACAAUGCUGCUGAUGAUGAUGAUGAAAAAUUAGCAGCAGCUAUGGCUACAACAUAUGUAACAUCAAAACCAUCAAAACCUAGCAGUCAAUCAACACAUCGUGAGUCGCUCAUCUAUAUCCCUCAUCUUAAAUAG